CGGCCGGCCGUGCCCUGCCUCAGGAGCCGCGUUGCUUUGCCCCGGAGCGGUGCGGGCGCGGGGCAGCUCCGGCCCUUGUGGGCCCGUGGGUCUCGGUGCUCGGGAGCUGCGGGUGCAGCCUCGGGGCGCAUCUCGGUUCAAAUCCAAACUGCGAACGGCCCUCACACAGCUUUGCUGAAAGGUUAAAAUAUCUCUGUAGCACUGCCUGAGACUGAUGAUACCUUUUUUCUCUCUCUUUUUCUUUUUUUUUUUUUUUCCUAAAAAAAAAAUUGCCUAAAGCAGUGGAAAUACUUGAAAUCUUCCUACUAAUAACAGGCCGUUUCAAUGGGGUCCUUAUUGCCUGACAUAAAGAGAAUCACCUUUAUCACUGGCUGUCUUAAAGCUAUUGUAGUUCUGAGCUCUCAGUGUGAUUUUAUUUAUUUAUUUCCUUUUGGUUUUGUGUUUCAUUCUGUUUGACCAGUGCUCCUUGGCUAGUCAAGCUCUUAUUUUUUUAUUUUAAUUUAUUGCUGUCUCUAGUUAGUGUCCUGUUUUGGUUUGGUUGUGUGAAGGUGGUGCUGGUGUUUGGUUUAUAAUCUUGUAGGGCAGCGUGCAGGGAGGGUCAUAAAUCUGCAGCAGGGUUUUGGUGGCUUAUUUAUUUUUUCCUCCUUUUUGUGUGUGUGUGUGUGUCUCUUGUUUUACUUUCAGAGCAACAACUUAACUUUUGUCCUUGCUCUGUUGAGCAAAAGUGAAAGUUAGAUGCUGGGUGCAAACUUCUGCAAUCAGUUAUCCUUUUUAACCUUUCAUAGCUGUAGAUUCCUCAUGCAGGGGAGGCUUGGUGAAAAAUCAGUCACCUCAAAAAAAUAAACGGGGAGCGACUGACGCUUUCUCUUCUCCGAAUAAAACAAUUAUAACAGAAACGUUUGCUCCUGCAGCCACCAAAAAAAAGGCAGUUAAUUAAAAUUCCAGGCCAAGCAGGGGCUUCAGCUGGGACCUGGUGUGCUCUGCAGGCUGGAUGGGGAGCAUGCCAGCCUCCUGUUAUUCCUGCAGAUGCCCACGGAAGACACUGAGGGGGAGCAGCAGGAGUGCUCACCACAGCCCUGUCCCGGCACCAGACCAGUCUAGCUUUGAAUUGUUGCCACCCCGAGCACGCCGGGCUGCCUUUGACACCUUAACAAAGAGAUGUAAUCUCGCUCUCCCCUGGUCCCUGGCAGCGGGCGCAGGUUUAUGGAGCAGCUUCUGGAAUGUUCUAGCAGCGAGCCCCCCGUUAACGGCGGGGUCUGGCCAGGCCAGCCCCUAGGGGGGGGAAACACAGCCCGCUUCCUGUGCCUGAGUUUUAGUUGUGUGGGUUUCUCCCCCUUCCCCAGAACCUUUGCUCUUGAAGAUGGUGAGUAGCCAGCCUAAGUACGAUCUAAUUCGGGAGGUUGGUCGUGGCAGUUAUGGUGUGGUGUACGAAGCGCUCGUCAGGAGGACCUGUGCCCGCGUGGCCGUCAAAAAGAUCCGGUGCCACGCUCCCGAGAACGUGGAACUGGCUCUGCGCGAGUUCUGGGCCCUUAGCAGUAUCAAGAGCCAGCACCCCAACGUCAUUCACCUGGAGGAGUGCAUCUUGCAGAAAGAUGGCAUGGUGCAGAAGAUGGCCCAUGGCUCCAGCUCCUCCCUGUAUCUGCAGCUUGUAGAAACCUCACUAAAAGGAGAAAUAGCCUUUGACCCCAAAAGUGCUUAUUACCUGUGGUUUGUGAUGGAUUUCUGUGACGGGGGGGACAUGAACGAGUACCUGCUGUCCCGCAAGCCCAGCCGCAGGACCAACACCAGCUUCAUGCUGCAGCUCAGCAGCGCCCUGGCCUUCCUGCACAAGAACCAGAUCAUCCACCGCGACCUCAAGCCCGACAACAUCCUCAUCUCGCAGAGCCGCGCCCACGCCGGCGACCCCGAGCCCACGCUGAAGGUGGCAGAUUUUGGGCUGAGCAAGGUGUGCUCGGCCUCGGGGCACAACCCCGAGGAGCCCGUCAACGUCAACAAGUGUUUCCUGUCCACCGCCUGCGGCACCGACUUCUACAUGGCCCCCGAGGUGUGGGAGGGACACUACACGGCCAAGGCCGACAUCUUCGCCCUGGGCAUCAUCAUCUGGGCCAUGCUGGAGAGGAUCACCUUCAUCGACACCGAGACCAAGAAGGAGCUGCUGGGCAGCUACGUGAAGCAGGGCACGGCCAUCGUGCCCGUGGGCGAGGCGCUGCUGGAGAACCCCAAGAUGGAGCUGCUCAUCCCCGUCAAGAAGAAGUCCAUGAACGCCAGGAUGAAGCAGCUGAUCAAGGAGAUGCUGGCAGCCAACCCGCAGGACCGGCCCGACGCCUUCGAGCUGGAGCUGAGGCUGGUGAACAUCGCCUUCAAGGACAGCAGCUGGGACACGUGAGGGGGCUCGGCCCGGCAGGCAGAGCCUCGCCUCACCUGCAGGGGGUACUUCGCACCUAGCUGGAGAUUCCCGGCAGGAAUGUGGAGCUGGCCGCGGUGUGAAAUCCCAGCGUGAGGCUGAGGGUGUUCCUUGGGCUGCACUGGCAGGGGGAUGUUGCAAGAGCCGACACUACUUGAUUUCCAGCACUCUGUCACGGAGUGUCUCACACAUUCCAGUUUCCUAUGUCAGUAUUAGGAACUCUCAUGGAAAAAAAAAAAAAAAGGUUUGCAUGCUGGCAGUGCAAAUCUUGAGGCUUUGUAAUGUAAUCUGUGUAUAUAUUUAUGUAUAUGAGUGACUGGGAGUGUGUGGCACUUAAAUUAUUUGCUGUGGGUCUGGAUGAUUUGGGUCUGCUAGAAAUCUGGGUGAAGAGGGUGAGUGAGAAAAACUCCUUCUUCCCCAGGCCUGAAUGACUUUAUUAUUUAUUUUUGUUAUCUAAUUUCAAAGACUUGACUUUGUAAACAAAAAAAAAAAAAGCAAUGCAAGGGGAUCAGCUGCUUUCCAAGUGCUAACAUGGCUGAUCUUGGCAUUUGGAGCUUAAUGAGCUCAUCACUGAGGGAGUCAAAUUAGAAAUGUACAGUCAGGUGCUGGCAGAGGGGGUGGCUCAUUGAUCAUUUGAUUUUGCUUUUAUUAAUCAAUUAAUCUGCCUUUUCUCAACAUGCUCUCUGCCCUGGUGUCCACAAUCCCAUCGCACCUGGAGGAUUUACCCCAGCAGAGUUCUGUGCCCUCAGUUUAUGGAAACGUGGAUGAGGGAAUCCAGCAGCAUAUCCUUAAAAUCCUUCAAAACGUGGUGGCAGCAGUUUUCCCAGUAGCUGAAUCCAGCUAAUAACCCAAUAGUCACAGCCUUUCCUCUCUGGCCCUGCCCCAAAUGCAGGGGGGGUGAGGGGACAGAGGUGGCCCUGUCCCCUGGUCACGCCUGGAGUCAGAGCUGCAGAGAGCUCAGUGGCAGGUGUGUGAGAGCUGGCAGCCUGCCUUGCUUUUUUUGUUUAGUUUUUCCUCCUUUUACCUUGAAAGAAGUGAUCUUUAUUUCCAAGCACAGAUGGGAGGAGGGGGUUUGGAAGCUGCUGGUCCCCAGCUCUGGCUGCACAAAGCAGGUUGAGGCUGGGACAGGUUUCAUGAGGCCACCUGGCACUGCCAGCAGCUCUUUGUCCCAGCACAACUCUUUGUUCUGUUGGGUGCAGCACUGAGCUCUCCCAUCCAGUUUGGCCUUUUGGAAAAAAAAGCAGAGUCUUAAAAUUGCCUUUCAAGCUGCGUGAAAGGCCAGUUUUCUUUACAAAAUUCAAUUUAAUUUUUUCCUCCACCCAAAUCUUACUGGAAAUGGCUGUAAGUAUUUCCUUGUACAAUUUGCUUUUUGGAUCCUGUUCCCUCCUAGUGCUGGGACAGCAGUUCUGGGCACUCAGUAUUUAUUCUUUGAGUGCAAAUAAACAAAAUGUUCUUUUUUGGUUUUCCAAAAGCAAAGGAUUCUGAUUCCACCCAGCUUCUGAGGCUUUACAGGCCACAGGUGGCUCCUACCUGGUGCUGUGUGAGCUGGUGGCUGUCCCCAGCUGGCCUUAGGUUAUAAUUUUUGUUAUUUCCUUUCUCUUCAUCCUUUUAGGGAGCGAUCCUCAGACAAACCCACUUUGCUUGUGCCAACUCUGCCUCCCAGUUCUCACAUCCCAGCAGGGCCACUGACAAAAAGGGGGUUUAUAAUUCAUAUUUCACUUGGGAGCUUUUCAAAAACAAAGGGGUGAGCGUCCCCCUCUCUCACCCAGCCAGAAGUGAGACCCAGAAUAACUCUGCUCCCCCCUGAGGUGCUCUGUGAACCCCCUGGGUCCCCUCUGCAGGGCAGGAAUCAGGGGCUGGCACAGGGAAGUUUCGGGGUUUUUGACUCCCAAAGUGUUUCUUUGCACUGAUUGCCACUUUAUAGGUUGGGGGUGCCUGAAAUCCCUCUCAUGGUGCUUAUCCUCGCUGUUGGGUGACACUGGUAGUCCUCGAGCUCUGUGUUCUCUUUGGUUUUUUGUUGUCUGAGGUCUUUGUUUUGAGAAAAUAAAUCAAAUUGUAGCAGCUGCGGGGUCGUUCACCAGCGUGACACAAAGUCAAGACACUUUUCAGCACUUGGGAAAGAUUUUUUUUUCCAUGUUUUUCUUUAAAAACUGUAAAAUAUAUUUUAUGGAGAAUUUAUAAUGAGGAAAAUUAUUGUGUAAUUUAUUAAGUUCAUGACUGUUUUUGAAAUAAAAUCUUGAAUUUCAA